ACUGCUUCAGCCAUCUGUUACACUCACAAACUCACAAGCCUUGCAUGCUCUAACCUAAAAAGGAAACUAAAACGACACAAUGGAAGUUCUUGAGGUGUUGGAGGCUUCUGUCUAAAGCUUUUAAUCAUGACUGAGCACAUCUCUGUGUGCGGAGGAAGUUUGACAUGUGCCUCUGAAAAACAUGCUUCAGGCUAUCAAGGGCCUUGCCACAGUGCAACAGUCAGGUCAAGUCAUUUCACAUUACUCAGUUUUUCCAGUCUGAUGAAAUUCAUGAGAAUGAGAAUUCAAAAGGAAGUUUGUGAAUUCAUUCAUUUUUGCAGUUUGAUGGUUGCAAUCAAAUCUUCUGCCUGACUCAUUCCUACCAAAGCCACUUCUUGCUUGCCAGUGUCAUCACACAUGCAUGUCCCAUGGGCAACAGCCCUAACCGCCUGUACAGUGCCCUGACCCACACCCUGAGCAGUGGCCCUCUGUCUCAGCCCCCCCCAGCCGAGCUGGACCAGGACCCAGACCAAGACCUGGAGCCCGUGGACCCGGUGGUGCUGCUCAGGGAGUGUGAGGAGGCUUUGCGGACCCGACCGGCCCGGCUGCUCAGAGCCUUCAUCUGCCAGAGUACCGAUGGGAGAGACCGUCGCCAGCAGCCAAUACGGGUCAUGCAGUGGAAUAUCCUCGCCCAAGCUCUAGGGGAAGGCAUGGACAACUUCGUCAGGUGCCCCCUGGAGGCUCUGAAGUGGAACGAGCGGAAGUACCUGAUCCUGGAGGAGAUCCUCAACUACCAGCCGGACGUGCUGUGCCUGCAGGAGGUGGACCACUACUUCGACACCUUCCGGCCCGUGCUGGCGCGUCUGGGCUACCAGAGCAGCUUCUGCCCCAAGCCCUGGUCCCCGUGCCUGGACGUGGUCAACAACAACGGCCCCGACGGCUGCGCACUCUUCUUCCGCGGCGACCGCUUCCAGCUGCUGGGAACGGUGCACCUGCAGCUUGCCGCCAUGAAGCUCAAAACCAACCAGGUGGCGGUGGUCAGCACGCUGUGCUGCCGGGCGACCGGGCGCACCCUGUGUGUGGCGGUGACGCACCUGAAGGCUCGGAGCGGCUGGGAACGGCUGCGCAGUGCCCAGGGCCACGACCUGCUCCGCAACCUGCAGAACAUCACCCAGGAGGCCGCCCUGGUGGCAGAGGACGGGAGCGUAGGCGUGGGCGGAGGUGUGCCGCUGCUGGUGUGUGGAGACUUCAACGCCGAGCCGUCGGAAGAGGUGUACCGGUGCUUCGCCACCUCCAGCCUGGGCCUGGACAGCGCCUACAAGCAGCUGAGCUCAGACGGCCAGACCGAGCCGCCCUACACCACCUGGAAGAUCCGGCCCAGUGGCGAAAGUUGCCACACGCUGGACUACAUCUGGUACUCGCGCCAGCACCUCACCGUGGACACGGUGCUGGACUUCCCCACAGCCGAGCAGAUCGGCCCCGACCGGCUGCCGUCCUACAACUACCCGUCCGACCACCUCUCGCUGGUCUGCGACUUCAGCUUCUCCCACUCACCUGAGUGAACAAUGCUAAAAACAGGAAGAGUGACCCGGAUAUGACUGGAUAUGACAGACUGACCAGAGGUGGGGUCAGGGACCCAAGGUCUAUAGUCAAAACGUGGCACCUGUAGUAGAAUUCCUAAACUUAGGAGAUCCUUCUACUGUUCUGACAUAACACCUGGGAUGAGCUACUGCUAACAAACUAGCUCAUCCUGUGUAGAUAACCAAUCCAAGUGCAUUUUAAGGUUAACAGGAAGAGAUGGAUUGGCAUUGGGUGCUCUAACUUGAGGCAUUUAGAUCUAAAUGGAUAUGAUAAUGUAUGUUCUGUGGUCCUACUCAUUCUUCCUCCAUUAACAGGGAGGUCCAGUUUACCAUUAAAGGGCAACCAAGCUGGACUUGCGACCUCAACAAUGCUGCUAGGUCACACACUAGUAGUGGCUUUGUGCUAUGUGCAGACAGUGGCCACUGGUUAAACUGACUAUUUGUAUUUAAGUAAAUUUCUGGUCUUUUUGUUGAUCAUUUACAGAUCACAGUGAAAUACAAAUGUUAUACUAUUAUUUUAUGAAAAGGAUACGACCCAGAGUAUUCUGAACAAAAUCUGCAAACAUCAGGAUGUUUAACAUCACAUUCUAUGCAUCGCAAUAGGCAAGCUAAUAAUUGGUAAUUUUCUGCCUAUGUCCUUUCCAAAUUCUGAGAACAGUGCCUCAUUCUCGAUGCAUUAUUGGUUACUGUAUAAGACAAUGAUCAGUAAAAGAGUAGACUGUUGACUUGAACAUAUGGGAGGUGCAAUGGAGUGUCUUCCUUUUAAUUUCAGAGCCCCAACCAAUGCAUACACACGCCCUGACAUCAGGCUGUUUUACUCUGGGACACCAUUAUCCCCUAUGGGUCCAUGUUGUGUGUGAACUAAGAGAAUCCAGUGAAGCCGUUUCUAGAGGCAUCAAAGGUCCAUGUUUGUGUGGUGACCUCAAUACAGUUUUGAGCAGCGUAGUUGGAUGGUGCAAUAACAGUUUCAAGGGGACAGGGCAGGCCAAGUAGUGGCCUUGCCCUAAAGGCCUUUGUACAGGGAGGAAUGGGAGUACUGAUGCAAUUAUGUGCACAGUAAAUAAAAUGGCUUUUUCUCCCUUUGUGAAGGAGUGCAAGAGUGAUGUUCAUAUUUUAAACUUCCAACCAACACACUGGGGUAACAUAGAUGCAUCACCUGUGAGAGCACUGUGUAAAUAUGAGUGGUUUAAAUAUGGGCUGCACUUACUCUCGUAGAAAUGGCUACAAAUACUGUAUAUUACUCUAUUAAACUGCAAAAACAUC